GGCAGAGGUUGUCAUUCACUAGAACAGAAAACCCAGGGCUAGGGCCAUUUCCUGUUAGGUAAAAGACUAACACAGUAGAAGCAAUCAAUACAGAAAGGUUAAAAACUGUUGCACGACACUUACAGGCCAAGCAACCGGAAGAUACGACAUCCAAAGAAACAUUUUAAGGAAUGUAAUGGAAAUGAGCAGGACAAUCUCUCUUUUGUUCUUGGCCUCACAUGUGUCCUCCACAGAAGCCCUGUCCAUGUUUGACCCAACGUAUUGCUAUAUUUUUGAUGUUUUUCUGCUGCUGUAUUCUGUUAUUUUCACUGCUCUCUACUUCAGAGAGAAGUUUACAAGAGAAGGGCCUGUUCCUCCAGAACCUGCGCCACCGGCCCGUAACCCCAAUGAGCCUGUCUAUACAGACUUGGAUCUGCCUCAGAUGAGCUCCGAUUAUCAGCAACUGGAUAGACCGAUAAGAAGACGGGAGCCAGAGACACAUUAUCAGGAAUUGAGAGCACACACAAGUGAUGAAUACCAGGAAAUAAGAACUAAAGGACCCAAACCUCGCAAAAGCAAGAGAAAAUCUAAUGAGGGUCGAACGAGGAGAAACGGGGAUGCAGCCGAGUCUAUGGAGAUGGAAACUUAUCCCACUGAAAUGUUGCACUAUUAGCGCACAGCACCCGAGCGACCUGUAUAUCUGCCAACAUAUCAGCUGUGUAUCUUUGUUGAAUGCAUUUAUGUGUCUUUUUUGGUAUUUGUUACUUUCCCCAACCUGUAUUUUGUAGUCUUGCAUAUACUACAAUGAUUCAAUGGUUUGGCGUCACCAAAAAGAAAAAGAAAAAAAAGAAUGAAAUUUAGCAAGGAUGCAUGAAUUUGAUCAAAUGUCUGUAAAGACAUGUUUAUGAUAAAGAUUUCAAUUUCAAACAAAUUAUGUUCUUUUAAACUUUCUAUACAAAGAAUCCAGAAAAAAAAAGGUUU